AUGCCAGCAGUAGAAAUUACUACUUCUCAUCUACAAACCCUCCUACAUGAAACACAAGAUGGAGCAAGACAGAUAACGAUACCGACACCAUUAGGUCACACCAUGCUAGAAAUUCAAGGUGAUCUUGAGAUGCCCAAAACUGUACCAACUGAUGCACCAGAUUCACGUUACUCGAAAUACAAUGAUGGUGAAAUUGAUAUCGUUAGAUUUGGAUUAUUGAAUCUUGAUCAAGAGAAAAAAUUGGCAACAUUAUUUAUCGGGACUAAACAAAGGUUAUUGGGAAAGAUUGUUAAAUUAGAUACCCCAUUGGGGUUAUUGAAAUUCGAUAAUUCUUCGAAGAAAGUGCAAUUGGUCGAUGUGAUCAAUUAUAAAAUUAUAUUCUCUGAUAGGCCAUUACCAAUUCAUUAA